AUGGGAGCUUUAAAACGCCGAUUAUUCUCCACACUUGGCGUCCCUGUAGGCGGUUGUCUGUCGGGGUCAGAGCCAGCUUUUUCAGUGGCCAUCAGUCUGUCUCGAUCAUUGGACGAUAGAGAAAGUCGAGUCUCGCGUUUUCUUCGGCCCAACGACUAUCGGAAGGUAUUGAUCUUUGUCGCCCAGGCGACAGUUUCUAUACGGCAGGUAGGCGAGGGUCUGUCUCCUCUUCCCCCAUCUCGAUGCCUGCUAUUGGCUGGGAGUAAGUCUGUCUGUACAUGUCGGUCGCUGUCUUCCAGUCGCCUUCCCGCAGCAUCUCCGUUUCCCACCUUGUGCUCAGGCAGCCCGGCUCCAUGGAUGAUCGAGCCUGUGCACCCUGUAGGGCCGGAUCUCUCGGUAAUCCGGCCACCGUCAACCGUCCCACCACGUAUGCAGGUGCAUGUGCAUGUGCAUGUGCAUGUGAAUGUGCAGAUAAAUGUGCAUGGUGACCUGAAACGGGAGUGA